AUGAGUGUAUCAGUGUGUUGCCGAUAUUUGGACUUUUCGGAUUUACUAUUAGCAUCUUGCGAGAUUCGUCGAGUGGAAGAAUCUUCGAAUUACUUGAAUAAUGAUGAUAAUUUUAAUGAUGUGCCAAUUGUCGAUGUUCCUAAUGAUGUGACAAUUGUUGAUGUUCCUAAUGAUGAGCCAAUUUUCGAUGUUACUAAUGAUGUGCCUAAUGUUGAUGUUCCUAAUGAUUUGCCAAAUGUUGAUGUUCCUAAUGAUGUGCCAAAUGUUGAUGUUCCUAAUGAUAUGCCAAAUGUUGAUGUGGGUAUUAAUGAACACUUUAUCCCUCCUUUUGAUAUCUAUGAUCCUAGAAAUUGGGGUUUAAUUGAUGCUAAAACUAGAGAUAUUUUGAUUGAAAAAGGACCUAUAAGAGAAUUAAAUCUCACAUUUCCUAUCGAUAGUUUUUAUAGGCGUUUUUCAUAUUCUUAUUUUAUAAGAAAGUUGAGUAAUGGGGAAACUUCUGAUAGAAAAUGGUUGGUUUAUUCAAAACAUGUUGAUAAAGUAUAUUGUUUUUGUUGUAAAUUGUUCACUUCUCAAAAUAACAAAACUCUUUUAGCAAAUGAUGGAGUGAAUGAUUGGAAACAUUUGAGCGAGAAACUCAAACUACAUGAGAAUAGAGUUGAACAAUUGACUAAUAUGAGUAUUUGGAAUGAAACAAGAUUGAGAUUGAAUAAGAACAAAUGCAUUGUGUAG